AUGAAAAGAGUUUUGAAAACUUUGUGGCGAAUUGAUGAUAAUGUUGUGGUGCGGAUGAUUGAUACCAACCUUUUCGUGUUUCAAUUCUUCAAUAUUGAGGAUAAAAACAAGGUUUUGGAUGGGAGACCUUGGGCUUUUGACAACCAAAUUCUUUUGUUGAAGGAGACUAAGGCUGAUGAGCAGCCUUCGGACGUCGAAUUCAACUCAUGCUCAUUCUGGAUUCGACUCAUUGAUGUACCUUUUGGAAGGCGUAAUAAGCAAUAUGCGCGCGAGGUUGGUGACUGUAUAGGCGAAUGCUUAGAGGUGGAUGACUUUGAUUCUCUUGGGUGGGAAAAGUUUAUGAGGGUCAAAGUUAUAGUCGAUAUUAACAAACCUCUUCAACGGGGGUUAAAAGUAGUUGUUGAUGUCAAUACUACCAAGUGGGUUGGCUUCAAAUACGAGAGGCUGGGAGAUUUCUGUUAUUAUUGUGGUAGGAUUGGCCACAAUGAUAAGGAUUGUGAUGCUAAAGAUUGCAGGGAAGGAGAUUCACCUAUUGUGUUUCAAUAUGGUCCGUUUUUGUCUGCUUCCCCACUCCAAUGA